GGGGCGGUGCGGCCGGGCGCCCAGAGACCUGACCUUCCCGAACGCCGGGUCCCGUGACGUCACCUCGCCGUGACGCGCACGCUGUAGGAAAACUGAUUAAUUAAAAGGAUUUACUGUAUAUCUUAUGACUCUUUACUGGAGCCUUAGGAGAUAGCCAUAUUUAUUGAAGAUCUCAGAGAGUUGUGAAAGCAAAGACGACAAAAUGAACUGAGAUUUCAGAAAUGGAAGAGCCCGUAUGAGCUAAGAAUACUGACAGUCAUUUUUCCUAAGUGUAUUUGCCCAAAAUGGACACUGGCUAAAGAUCAAGCUUGCUAUGGAGAUAAAGAUGAAUGCCGUGUCUCAUCCAACACUGAAAAUUUGAAGUUUAGAAGACAUUUACUAAGUCAAAUCACCUCAACCUCAGUUUCUUGACUUGAAAGAUGACAACUGCUGAUGCUCAUGUGAGGAUAAGAGAGAUGUGUGAAUUAACUUACCAACAUACAGUAAGCACUCAGUGCAGAAGAGUUACAGUGUAGACAGGGGACAUUGUUAUUCAAAUCAAAAACAUCAUAAUGCAGAAUUUUUUAUCAAUACCACCAAAAGAUCAACAAGGUGAGUCCAACAUCUCUUCUGGAACGAUUCAGAGUGGGAAAGGUUUGCAGAAUAAGAGUCAGUUUAGGACCAUUGCACCAAAAAUCAUGCCCAAAGUCCUGACAUCCAGAGUGCUGCCGUGCCCUUCAUCAUCACUCUCUGAUCAGGUGAAUCCAGGACCCUCCAUCAACGCCAAGCCUCUGGGGGUGCCCACCCAAAAUUACGCUCUGAUGCAGGUUGCUGGACAGGAGGGGACGUUUUCUCUCGUCGCUCUGCCACAUGUUGCCUCCGCUCAGCCAAUCCAGAAACCCAGACUGGCGCUGCCUGAAAAUCUGAAGCUGCCUAUUCCUCGAUACCAACCCCCAAGAAAUAACAAAGGAUCGAGAAAGAAACCCACUCGGAGUUCCUCUGAGAGUGGUGCUGGCAUACCUCCUGCCCAAACCCAAACGUCCCCCUCCCCACCUGACCGUCCCAAACCCCCACACAGACCUGGUCAAUCAGAGCAAGUGCCGUCACUAGACCCAGGCCCGUCCAGCAUCAGCAUGGCGGCACUGACCAACCGUGGUGGCCCCGGAGACUCUCCACCCCCAGGGACCAACGACCAUGGAGAUCUGAACCCUUCUGCCACCCCGAUGGUGUCCACACCAGAAGAGCCCUCAGCCAAGCCGGGCCUCGCAGUGACUCCAGGGAAAGCAACCUUGGCGAGUGAGGAAACCUGCAGUAAACCUUCUCCCGUUGCCAGUGGGAAACGGAGAGAACAAGCUGAUCUUACAAAAGCCAUGACCAUUUUAUCACCAGCUGUUUUCAGCAGUGCAGUUCAGCUGAUCUCUCCAGUCCCCAGAGGUAAACUGCCCAUCCUGCCCUAUGCCAGAGGGAGAACAGCGGAGGUGUGUGGAGGCCAGUCAGACGUGAGCCUCACAGAUGGCUCUGUGCCCGGGCUCAGGGCAGCCUGUGGUAAGGCAUCCUCCAUCCCAGAGGGCUUUACUGCAGCCACCAAGAUGCUCGGCAAGACACCUGCUCCACAGAGCCCCUGUGAAAGUACCUUUUGUGCGGCCACCAGACCAGAUCUCAGCCACAAAGCAAAACUCAGUGGUGGGGCAGCAAAGAGAAGAGUAAGAAAACGAAAGGUACCAGAUGAAAUUUUGGCAUUUCAGGGAAAAAGGAGGAAAUGUGUCAUUAGUAAGUGUAAAGAUAGUAAAGAAAGAGUAAAAGCCGAUCCGCAAGAAUCCAGUGACCAAAAACCAGGGUCUCUGAAGAAAUACCGCAGCAUUAUGCCCAAGCCUGUGAUUGUCGUGUCUGCUUUGGCUCCCCUGGCUUCUCCUGCAGGCGUGUUCCAGCCCCAGACACCAGGCAGCCUCGGGCAGGACAUGUUGUUAAACAGUCCCCUCAGCCCUAAGUAUCCCGGCUGUAGGCAGGAUAGCGGUACCUCCCCGAAGCCCGGCUCUGCGCUGAGAAACGGACUCUCGGGCAUUAAGAAACCAUGGCACAGGUGUCACGUCUGUAACCACCACUUCCAGUUCAAACAGCACCUUCGUGACCACAUGAACACACACACUAACAGACGGCCUUACAGCUGCCGAGUCUGCCGCAAGGCCUAUGUACGUCCUGGCAGCCUGAGCACACACAUGAAACUCCAUCACGCGGAGAACCGUCUGAAGAAACUCGUGUGCUGUGAGUUUUGUGCGAAAGUGUUUGGCCACGUCAGGGUCUACUUCGGCCACCUAAAAGAAGUGCACCGGGUUGUCAUCAGCACGGAGCCUUCCCCCAGCGAAAGGCAGCCAGGGGACGUGUCAAAGAACAGAGGCCUGACCGCGCGAGGGCCGGAGGGACCCGUGGAGAGGGAAAACAAGUCAAGCCUAGAAGAAGACCUCCUCCUAACCCAGGCGGACGAAGUCAAAUUACAAAUCAAAUGUGGCCGUUGUCAGAUCACUGCCCAGUCUUUUGCUGAAAUCAAGUUUCAUUUACUUUACGUUCACGGAGAGGAAAUUCAGGGCCGGCUGCAAGAGGAGAUCUUACCGGGAAGCACAGGAGCUCAGGAAGAACUGGUGAAACACACCGCUCCUUUCAGGAAACAACAUCCUGAGAGAAGGAGGCUACUCAAGCGUGCUCCCCCUGAUGAGGACUUAAAUGCAUUUCCUAAGCUGAAAAGGCAGCUGUGCCUUCAUCAUCACACUGAUGUGGACAGGUUCAGGAAAAUGGAGGGAGCCCAAGCCGGACCCAGGGAGCCGCUGCCAGGGGCGGUCCCCCGGGGCUCUGCGAGUCCCAGCCCCCACACCCUCCUCUUUGGGGACCGUUCAGGCUUUAACUGUGUCCUCUGUGCACAGACGCUGGCCAGGAAGGAAGAAGUCCUCCAGCACUGGGAACAAGAGCACAACUGUGAGGACCCUCCCAAGCUGUGGACGAUUUUAAAUGCAUUCUCUAGCCAGGGGGUGACCGGACCUCCCGGGGAGACUGAGAAAUGAAAUCUUGGGGGUGGGGGUAAAGAGAAUGCUGCUUGCUUGCUCUCUCUUUCUCUCAAAGCCCUGCAUUUUUAUGGUGGUGCUUAAUUAUAAAAGUCAGACAAAUUAGGAUCAGCAUUAAUGAGCACAAGUGAUUUUUGUACAUAGUUUUAUUUUCUUACAAAAUAUAUAUAUAUAUAUAUAUAUAUAUAUAUAUACGCCUUUGGUGUAUAUUUUUCUAACCAUAUGCAGUUUUACUUUAAAAGUCUAUGUACUAACCAUUAAUGUCUUAGACUUUGAGAAUAAAGAAAAAGACCAAAAUUUGGCAAUUGAAAUGUAAAAAAUUAUAUAGGCUGUUCUUCAAGUACAGUGUU